CUUCGCUCUUUGGAUCUCAUUCAACAAUACUUGAACACCAAGCCCAAAGAAUAUGAAAACGGUCCCCGCUAUCUUGCGACCGACUUUGUCACCACCGACCAGGCGCGUCUGAAGAUUUACAUGCGACAUCCGGCCGAAUCAUUCGAUGAUAUCUGGGAUUACUAUACCCUCGGGGGAAGGAUCCCAGGCUUGGAUGAGGAUAAGGAGAAAUUUCGCGAGCUCAUGUCGCUAACCUCCUAUAAUCCAGACCCUACGUCGGCGCAGGAAGGUGGCCAACCACACUAUACCGCGGUCCAGAGAAAAAUGACCGCGAUUUACUUCUCGCUGUCCACGGAUAACCCAACGCCAGCGCCGAAGAUCUGCUUCUACCCCGCGAACUUCGCGGCUAACGAUGAGAUCAUAGGCGAAGGUGUGGAUCAGUGGUUGCAGAAGUAUGGGUGGCAUGACGGAGGCAAGCCAAUGAAGGAGAAAGUCCGCAGUGUCUUCACUCAUCGUAAUCUGUCCGAUACGAAGGGUAUAUUUACCUUUCUGGGGAUCGGGAGAAAGGAGGAUCCCACGAAGAAAGAGCUCAGCAUGCAGGUUUAUGUGACUGGCGAACUGUAUACGACCCCACGAAUUUAGCAGCAUAUUACAGUGCCUUCCAUGUAGAGAGUAUGGUGGCAUUUCUGCUGGAAAUUACUCCAUGUAUGUUGGAUAAGAAUGUUUGGCACUGAGUAUAU